AAUUCCACAGACUAUAGUGGCGAAUGUUUCCUUCGGGUUAUACAUACAUUAAUUAAUCCGUGAUACGUACGAACUAAUCCGAACUGAUCUGAACUAAUCCAAAAUUCAAAGAGGAGGUUAUGAAAUGUGAAAAUGAAUGUUAGGAGCGUUAGGAGUGACAGAAGACCUUGUUAAUAAUUUUUAGUAUAGCUACAUGUAAUGCAGAUGAUCCACUAAUCCACAAUAUAUUUAUUAUUGAAGACCAAUUAAAUUUGACAUAUACGUCUGGUGCGGUAAUUGUCCGUGGUACAAAUGACACUUACGUGACCAUUGAAAGAUAUUACGCGUGAUGAUGGAAAAAUCAGCUGACCAGUUUUGUCUGAAGAAAGACUUGCGUGACUGGCAGUUUUGUCAGUCGAAACUAAUGAACCUUCCCUUGGAUAUUACGAAGGAAAACUAUGUUCGGAGAAACAUAAAAGACUCGAUAUUUUCGGUUGUUUUGCCAACGCCUUUAAAAACGAAACUAAAACUGGUACAUUUUUCAGAAGAUGCCCUCAUCAACAUUCUCGAUAUGGAUCCUUUGAUUACAAAAACAAGCGAGUUUCUAGAAUUUAUAGCAGGUAAUAAAGUCAUUCCAAGUUCAGUUCCUCUUUCGCAUCGAUAUGGGGGUUACCAAUUCGGUUUUUGGGCAAUGCAACUAGGAGAUGGAAGAGCACAUUUGCUUGGUGAAUAUAUAAACAGAGCAGGGGAACGGUGGGAAUUGCAACUUAAAGGCUCUGGGAAGACACCAUAUUCAAGAGAUGCUGAUGGACGUGCAGUACUUCGUUCAUCUGUUCGUGAAUUUCUUUGUUCUGAAGCUAUGUACUACUUGGGUAUUCCAACUUCCCGAGCUGCAGCUCUUGUUGUAAGUGAUGAUCCAGUAUUGAGAGACCAGUUCUACAAUGGAUUUUCAAAGACUGAGAGAGCAGCAGUUGUACUUCGUUUGGCACCAUCUUGGUUUCGGUUUGGUUCACUGGAGAUUCUGGCACACAACAGGGAGCUGACAUCCUUAAAAAAACUUUUAGAUUUUAUAAUAAUUGAACACUACUCACAGAUCAACCCACAGGAUGACAGCAGAUAUGUCCAGUUAUUUUGCCAGGUAGCACAAAAAACAAUGGAUCUUGUUGUGUGCUGGCAGAGUGUUGGUUUUGUCCACGGUGUUCUCAACACAGACAAUAUGAGCAUGCUUGCUAUUACCAUUGAUUAUGGUCCCUUUGGAUUUAUGGAAACUUAUGACCCACACUUCGUUCCAAAUUCUUCAGACAAAGAAGCAAGAUAUUGUUUUGACAGACAGCUGCAGAUUGCAGAAUGGAAUUUGCAAAAACUGUCAGAGGCCUUCAUUCCUUUCCUUGAUGAGACACAAGUAAUCCAAGUGAGGACAGAGCUGCAGAACUUUGGGCCCAGUGCUAAGGUGAAACAAAGGUCUGCAUUUAUAAAGAAGUUGGGAUUGAAUGAGGAUAAGGAUGAUGCUGACAGUCAGCUUCUCACACUCUUACUACAGCUGAUGGAAGAAACUGGCACUGAUUUUACCAUGACAUUUAGGCAGCUUGGAGAAAUCGCCUUAGCAGAUAUAAGAAAUCCACAAAUAUUAAAUGAGUAUUGGUCUCUUAAAAGACUAUCCAGCCAUCCGCAGUAUCCUUCAUUUACAGAAGCAUAUCUGAAAAGAAUUGAAGAGGAAAGAGGUCUCACAGAUGCAGGAAGGAGACAACUCAUGUGUCAAAUGAAUCCACGCUAUGUGCUGAGGAACUGGAUGGCACAGUCUGCUAUUGAGAAAGCUGAGAAAGACGAUUUUAGUGAAGUGCAAUUUCUGCUCAAAGUUCUGCAGAACCCAUACACAAUCUGUGAAGAGGCAGAAGAAAAAGGAUAUGCUGAUCCUCCUCCAGAAUGGUCACACACCAUCAGAGUGAGCUGUUCUAGUUGAGGCUGGGAUCUGUCGUCAUAUAUAUAUAUAUAUAUAUAUACACACACACACACACACACACACACACACACACGUGGUACAGUC